GUAUCGAUCGAUCGAAGCCUUCGGGAUCGAAUCAUCGUACCCAUCCGUAUGGAUCGACCCAAACCAUCCGGAUUGAUUGACCGAACCCAUCCUGAUCCAACCAUCAAGCCCAAUCGAAUGCAUUCGGAUUGAUCAACCGAGCCCAUCCAGAUGCAACCAUUGAACCCCCCUCCUCCCCCUCCUUCCCCUCCUCUCCCCCCUCCCCCUUUCCCCCCUCCUCUCCCUCCUCCCCCUCCUCCCCCUCCUCCCCCUCCUCCUCCUCCUUCCCCGUCCUCCCCCUUCACAGACGAGCGUUUUCUGACGGAGGUUGGCGGGUUCUGGGUCCGCCCAUCGGCUGGCAGCACUAGGCGCGCGAGUGGAGGUGCAGCAAGGAGGACCUGUCGGCGGAGCAGCACCGCCUAGAGACCGCCUGUGCUGGUGCAAGUACCAGCACGCAGGCCGAACGGAGCCAAUGCAUUGAGACUGUGUCAUGGGGGGGAGUGAGCGUGGGGAGGGGAUGGAAGGAAGUAUGCACGGGAGUAGGGUUGUUCCUAGUGCAUGCUGACUGCUAUCUGCCAUGCGUGAAGGGCUGAAGCGAUUCCACUAGUGUGGCUGUUGCCCAACGUGUGCUUUCUGCAUUGUUCUGUGCCUGUCUCCAUGUCUUUCCCUCUCUCACUCUCUAAUGAAGUGCUUGAUUUGCACGAAAGUCUCCUGUGCCCAACACCCCCCACCAACCCACACCCCCCCCCCCGACUAACCCCCUCCUGACAUAAGGGUGUCUGCAGAGUGGUGCCGGUGCUGCAUCAUCCGCAUCUACGUUCAGAGCUCCCACAUACCAUCCCCUCCCGCUAACCCGCCUCCCCUCCCCCAUCUCCCCUCCGAGUGGUGGUGGCAAUGCGCCAUCCGCAGCCAUGUGAUGCGCACCUUCACCCUCCUCCUGGGGCUCAUCUCGCUGGCCAUCCUCUUCGCGGAGGCCAUGCUGCUGUCGCAGAAGUGGGUGGACCUGUCGCUCUUCUCCGUGCUCGUGCGCAGCGCGGCGCUGCACGGCGAGGUGGUGUAGCUGAUGUUUGUGCCGCUGGUGUACCUGUGCGUGUGCAUGUACUUCUCGCUCUUCAAGCUCGGCAUGUUCUCCUUCUACUACCUCGUGCCAGGCCACACCGGCCCUGUCUCGCUCCU